CAAAACCUAAUCUUGCUGCAAUCAGCGCAGCUCUUUAGCAAAGCGCCAGAACCUCCAUUCAUCACGGCUGCCUGGCGAGGACGUUUUUGGGUGAAAGAAAACUUAAAGUGAAGUGAAACUGAAACUCUAACAGACAAAAUGUUGAGGACUACUCUGUGGGUGCUGGUGGGUGUGUUUGUGACGGGGCGCGCUUUCUGCUCCAUCACUUGCCGUGACGGGACUGUCUGCCCUGACUCUGCGACCUGCUGCCGGACUAAACAAGGGUAUGGCUGCUGUCCUUACCCAAAGGCUACGUGCUGCGCCGACCUGGCAAGCUGCUGCCCCUAUGGAUAUCGCUGCAACCUCGUUACCAAGAUGUGUCAGAAGGAAAACCAGCCGUGGCUGAGCAUACCCAUGGUGAAGAAGGACGCCGCACAGGAACCAAGCACCCCAGAGUUAUCUGCGAUUCCCCUGGACAACCCUAACCCCAACGGCCUCGUCCCGGACCAAAAGAGUUCAGUUGUCCACUGCGACGCCUUACACUACUGUCCCGAUCGCACCACUUGCUGCAGACACCCAACAGGCGUCUGGUUCUGCUGUCCCUACUAUCCUGGGAGGUGCUGCCUGGAUGGCUACCACUGUUGUCCCUAUGGCUACGACUGCGACCUCAGUUACACGCACUGCAUAAGGCAAAGCCUGUGGUAUCCUUUCACCGCCAGAGAAGCUCUGGCUUCAGUCCCUGCCUCCGUCAUUUCACCUGUGGAGGACAAAAGCAGCGUGGAGGAGAAACCACUGACAGCUCUAACGGAGGCCAGCGGCGGACUUUCUAAGCCUGGAGUCAUCCGAUGCGAUUCAAGGUUUUACUGCCCACAAACAUCAACUUGCUGCCAGGGACCCAAUGGACAGUGGAACUGCUGUCCUUACCCACUGGGCACGUGCUGUGCAGAUGGGAAGCACUGCUGUGAGUAUGGAUACACCUGCGAUCCCAGUGCUGCCACAUGCAGGAGAGGGAUCUACGAGAUCCCCUUUAGACCACAGGAACCCGCCUACACAGACUGAAGACGGAUUGUUCACUGUGCACCUCUGACAGAAUCCAACAAUGCUUGAAGAGCCUUUCCAAACACCCAGUUUAGAAUCGGGUAGUUAAUGAUUAAACAACGUGGUUGCCGUGGCAUUAGAUUGCUCCUAAUAUCCACUGUCUAUUUGCUUUUUGCUGCACUAUCUAGGGUUCCCUCCAGUACUUUGUGUACACUGCACUUGUGUGAUAUGUUAUGAAUGCUUAACCUGUAAUUUUAAUACAAUCCUUCAAUCAAUUAAUUCUGUUUUGUACUGCAACAUUACAUAAAAUAUGGAAAUGAUUUUCAA